AUGGCCGACACCGCUGGCCUUAACCCCGGCGGCCCCGUCGCCGAGGACAACAUCAUCAACCGCCGCGGCAAUGAGGGUAUCUAUCAAAGCUGCGUCAACCUAAAAAAGCGACUCGCAGAAGUUCCCGGUUUCGAGCCGUACCUGCGAGAGAUGGAAGAAGAAGAUUUAGCACAGGGGAACUCCGAUCCCGUCGCUUCGCUCUGGAAUUACCUCCGACAUGGAUACCCCCUACUGGCCAUCUACAACGCUUCCGAUCCAGGCGCGCCCCUGGAAAUCGACACCUCGAAGGUUCCCGAGGCCAGGCGUCCAAAGGCCGCCACUUUUAAAUUCCUCCAGGCCGCCAUCCAAGAAAUGGCGUUUCCUCAGCAAGAAUGCUUUCUCAUAACAGACUUGUACGGCGAGAACACAAUCGGAUUCACCAAGGUCAUAAAGAUGGUAAAUCGGGUUCUGGACAUCCUAGAGAUUCAAGGCCAGCUGAAGAAACCGUCCGAUACCGCCAUGGCCGCGCCAGCAGCAGGAAGGAAGCUCACCAAGCGGGAACACAUCUUGAAGGAGUUGCUAGAAACAGAGCGCGACUAUGUUCACCAUCUCCAGAACUUGCAAGCGCUCAAGAAGGAGUUGGAGGAUACUGGAGCUCUCACCGGUGAUGCCAGUCAUCAAAUCUUCUUGAAUUUGAACAACCUGCUUGAUUUCUCCCAGCGGUUUCUCAUCAGACUCGAACAACACUAUGCGCGACCAGAAGAACAGCAAAAUUGGGGUGAAUUGUUCAUCCAACACGAAGAAGCUUUCCGCCAGUACGAGCCAUUUAUCGCAAACCAGAUGCGCUGUGAUAAGACCUGUCAGAAGGAAUGGGACAAAAUUCAGGCUGCGCCGCGCUCCCCCGAUCUCCAACAGAUGGUCGCGCAACCUGCAACACUCAAUGGUUUCUUCGUGAAGCCAUUCCAGCGCUUGACCAAGUAUCCUCUGAUGCUAUCUGAACUGCGUAAGCAGAUCGAGGACCCAGACCUUCAAGCCGACAUUUCGCGCGCCAUCGACUCUAUCCAGUCCGUCCUAGAUGCCGCCAACGACGCCAUUGACAAGGAGCAACUUGCCGCUGCAUUCGUUGAACUGGACGAACGUGUUGAUGACUGGAAAGCCCUGAAGAUUGAGACAUUCGGUGAACUGCUUCGAUUUGGCACGUUCACGGUAAUCAAGAACGACAACAAUAAAGAUUCAGAAAGAGAGUACCACAUCUAUCUCUUUGAACGAAUCCUGCUUUGCUGCAAGGACAUAAACCCUAACAAGCAGAAAUCAAGAUUGGUCGGCGGUAGUAAAGAUAAGCCGAAUACCAGCAAGGGCAAGCCCCGGCUCGUGCUGAAAGGCCGCAUCUACAUGGCGAACGUCACCGAUAUCGUCUGGCUUCAAAAACCAGGCUCUUAUCGCAUUCAGAUCUUCUGGAAAGGGGACCCUGGUGUGGUGGAUAACUUUAUUAUCCGCUAUCAGAAUGAAGAUACAAUGCGGAAAUGGUACAAGGACAUCAAUACACAACGGGAGAUACAAGCGGAGCAACGCAGUGCUCGCAAUACCGGCACAUCCGAUUCCGAAUUUACCUACAUGAAAUCUUUGAGCAACAUCCCAAACCCUUACCAGCAAGAAUAUGAUGUUGAAGAGCAGUCCACGAAAGAAGCAGCUUUCUUCUCCGAAUUUCCUAUGAGUCGCAAUGCUUCGAGUACAAGUCUCCGAACCCGAUCUGCGACAGGUGGAAGUGGUAGCUCUGGUCCUCCACUUUCCACUAGCCGACCCCGUUACCCAGCAAUGCCUGACUCGACUUUGUCAGUACACACACAGUUCCCUGGUGGAAGUAUGUCGCCAGGAGAGAGAAAUGGCAACUCUUACUUCUCUCCUACCGAGUCCGCCAGGUCGAGCUCACAAUCGGCUGGAUACCCUUACAAUCGCCAGGUAACCCCCGUCACCCCAUGGGGCGACGACAAUAACCGAUACACAGCCCCUGCCCUCUCUCGCGCCACAUCUAGGGACGGUUCUAACUCGGGUUAUUUUAAUGGCGCACCACCGAAUGGGCGCAGUGCUCAACGCCCGUCCCUGCCUCCAAUGUCAGGUAGUAACCAAUCAUCGAACAGCGCGUCCCAGAGGAUGCGCUCCGCGAGCAGCCCGGACAUUCACCAUCACAAUCCUGAAUCGCGUCGGUACAUGGGUGUUCACACAAUGCAAACAGUUGACAAUGUGCCCGUUCCACCUAUUCCUGCUCAUAUGGCCAACAUGAAGGCGCCCGUCAAUCGGAGCCAGAAUAACUCCCCGACUAAUCAAUCUCUUCCCAUUCGAACGAAUACUUCUCACGCCUUCCAUGAGCCUCAGUACUCCGACGGGCGAGCGGCCGCGCCUCUUUCAGAUCAGCCAACUUCUCCAUUAAGCCACGAACCCGAGGAGGAGCCGUUCAUGCCGACCCAAUUGAAGGCCAAAGUCAACUUUGACGAGAACUAUGUAACACUGGUUAUUUCCAGCAAUAUCGGAUUCCGUACGCUUACCGACCGGGUUGACGCCAAACUCGCCAGAUUCACCAACCGCUCAAUUGGCAGCAAGACGGUCCGUUUACGUUACCAAGACGAGGACGGCGACUUUGUGACAAUCGACAGCGACGAGGCCGUUCAACUCGCCUUCGUGGAAUGGAAAGAACAGCAUCGUGAGGAGCUUGCACGAGGUCAAGUCGGCGAGAUCCAACUUUUCUGCCAACCGAUCGAGAACUAG